CAUCAUAUCAUAUAUCACUGUACCUGCCUGUCUACUACCUACUAGUUAGUAUUCGGGUGAUGUGCAAGACUGGGUGGUCUGAUGCACACACGACAUGCAUCUUCUAACUAGCCAUCCUGCGUUGAUUGUCCUAUCCGGUCAGUCACUUGACUAAAUAACCGUCAAUCUGCACAUUCCUGGUAGAUCAUCUUCUCUCCCUCUCUCCCUCAUUUCUCGUCUAUAUUCUCUGAAACACAGUCACUAUCUACUUGGAGAUUCCUUGGGCCGAGUGGAAUCAAUAUGUCGGAGUACAAGGUGGAGUAUGAUUCGGAGCUGGAUUCCUUCCAGCUCUACCACCGCUACGAAGAACCCCAACCGAACCUCGACUGGAAGCGCGCCGCUCUCAGCGGGCCUGCACUUCCAGCGCUGGGCAAUGCCGUCGCGGGAGCAGUCGGCUCCGCGCUCUCGAACGUCGCGACGUAUCCGUUGAGUUUGAUCGUUGCGCGCUUGCAAACGCAGAAAGUGCGAAGGGGUACAAAGUCGGAGGAAUCAGCGUCGGACGCCGAAUAUACCAGCGUCCUCGACGCAGCGCGCAAGAUCUACGCCGAGGAAGGAAUCGCCAGUUUCUACACGGGUCUAGCGCAGGAUACGAUAAAGUCCGUUGCGGAUUCAUUUCUCUUCUUCCUUGCGUACGAGUUCUUUCGUCAGCGGAGGAUACGCGCCCGGUUUGGGAAUACUCGCCGCAGCAAACAUACUGUUUUACCGGUGCUGGAUGAGUUAGCGGUGGGGGUUUUGGCGGGGGCGUUUGCCAAGUUGUUUACGACGCCGUUGGCAAAUAUUGUGGCGAGGAAGCAGACGGCUAAGGAUGUUGGUGGUGGGAGUACGAGGGAGAUUGCGGCGCGGAUUAGGGCUGAGAAGGGAUUACGGGGGUUCUGGUCGGGGUAUUCGGCUUCGUUGAUACUCACAUUGAAUCCGUCGAUUACGUUCUUUCUGAAUGCUGUGUUGAAGUAUGCGUUGCUGCCGAGGAGUCAGCGACAGAAGAGACCGUCUGCUGUGGCGACGUUCUUCUUGGCGGCCGUUAGCAAGUCGAUUGCUUCGUCGGUGACUUAUCCGUUUUCGAUGGCGAAGACGCGGGCGCAGGUUGCGGGGAGUCGGAUUACGGUGGGAGCUGAUGGGGAAAAGAAGAAGGAGGAUGAAGGGGUGUCGUUGAUGCCGGCGAUUGUUAGUAACGUGGCUGCGAUUGCGCGCACUGAGGGUGUUGCUGCGCUUUAUGCUGGACUUCCUGGGGAGGUGCUCAAGGGGUUCUUUUCACAUGGGUUUACGAUGCUCGCGAAGGAUGCGGUGUAUUCGGCUAUUGUGAAGAGUUAUUAUCUGCUGCUCAUUGCGCUUCGGAGGUAUCCGACCCCGGAGGAACUACUUCAAAGGGCUCGCGAACAGGCGGAGGAGUUUGCUGAUGCUGCUCGUGAGGGAGCUCGUGAUUUGGCCGAGAGAACACGGAGUGGCACGGAAGAAGUCCUGAGUCACCAGGCUGGGGGUGUGACGGUGGAUAUGACUUCCAGUGAUUUGGCGGAUUCGAACGAAACGGCGGAGAUGGUGGGAGAUUAUGUCGAGGAUGAUGGUAGUGCGAAGAGUCUGUAUCAUUGUGAGAAGCAGAAUAGUCGUCAUACUCCCAUGUCGACCGACCCCCAUUCCGGUCCCGGUCUAGGGGACCUGGAGAAAGAACUCACCUGCUCGAUCUGCACGGAUCUGCUCUACCAGCCUCUCACCCUCCUCGACUGCCUGCACACCUUCUGCGGCUCCUGUCUCAAAGAAUGGUUCUCUGCACAAGCCUCCCGCGCCCGGUCGUCAUCUUCCGUCCGCUUCACUUGUCCGUCUUGUCGCGCGGUGGUCCGCGAAACCCGCCCUAAUGCUACCGUUACUACGUUACUAGAUAUGGUCCUGGCGGCGAGUCCCGGUCGGGAUAAGUCGGCUGAGGAGAAGAAGGAGAUUGCGCAGAGAUACAAACAUGGUGAUUCGGUGUUCCCUGUUUUGCCGUCGGCGGAUCGGAGCGGUGAUGUUUCGGAUGAUGAGGAUCGGAGGUUGUUGGAGGAGGUAAGGGAAUUGAGUUUGCAGGAAAGUCGGGUCCGGUCGAGAAAUACUAGUGCUACUACUGGUCACCGGUCGAGGCAGUCGUCGCGGACUCGUCGCGCGGAAUCGAGUGCUGAGGUGGAUGGGGCGCGACAACGACGGCGAGAAGAGGAGCGUGCUGGGCGGCGACGGCAAGGGGAGACUGCUGCGGAGCGCAAUAGACGCAUAGAGCAUCAGUCUAGUUUGCGGUCGUUGUUGAGUUUGUCGGAUACCGAGACGAUACAGGAUCAGAUUCUACGGCAGAUUCUGGAGGAGGGGCUGUUGGAUGAUAUCGACUUCGAUAAUUUGGGUCCGGCGCAGGAAGAGGAGCUUAGUGAGCGCAUCGCUGAUGCGUAUCGUCGGAGGCAUAGAUUGCGCUCUCGCUCGCAGCAACGAUUGGAGGCGCGGGAGACGAAUCAGACGUCGUCACGGGCUCGGGCUCGCUCGCAUUCUACGCAGAGACCACAGGAAAAUUCUACGCAAAAUGAGACUAGCCGGAAUCCUCCUGUGUCGAGACCGCAUCUACUAGAUCCGCUCGUGGCACGAAAUGGGAAUCCGGGUCAUCAGAGGCGGUUGUCGGAUCAGGGCAGCAGCCGUCGGCGAACGUCACCGGUGCCUGCGAAUCCUGCUUCUUCGUCGGAGGUCACGCUGAGGCCUGCAGCGCGAUCGUCUAGUGACGUGGUUACUGACCGUCCCCGAAAUUCGCAGGCUGCCCGAGUCAGAACGGAUUCGUCGCCGCGCUCUCGACGUGCCACGGCAUCUGAGCAGAGCACACCGAACAUCUGGGUCGAAGGAGCUAGGGAACGUGCCAUCCGACGAGCUCCUGGUAGAUUAUCCAUCGACUCACCACGGGUGGUUGCAGCUCCUGAGCAGAAUACACACAUUGGUUCCUGGCCAGCGAGUCCGGGAAUGGUUGUGCCUGCGAGCAGUUCCUUGGUAGCAGAGGUGGGAGGGACAGGCAGAUCAGAGGUGCGAUCUCGACCAUCUUCGUCCCGGUCCAAUGCGCCUCGCUCUGCUAUCAUGUUCCGCGAACCGUCUAUUUCUUGCAGUCGAUGUGGCAAGGAGAAGAUACAAUAUGAUUUACACAAGAAAUGUCCCAAAUGCAAUGAUGGCGAAUACCACCUGUGCUUGAGAUGCUAUCGCACCGGCGAAGGGUGUCCCGAAUGGGCAGGCUUCGCCAAAUCUGCAGAGGCGGACUUUGAACGUAUUAUCGCUUCUUCAAGUGGCCAUCCCUCGCCACUUCGCAGCAGCUCCCAGCAGCACAUCCUACAGUCGUGCAAGUACCGUCGAGCACCAGACAUAGCCUACCGACCCGAUCGAGACGGACGAGUCAUGACCACCGACGACCCAGCCCAAAGACUUACAACCGGCUUCUUCUGCGACAGCUGCCAAUCCCCAGCGAACGACUGCUACUGGAAGUGCGACCAAUGCAACGAAGGCGACUGGGGCUUCUGCAACCGCUGCGUGAACCAAGGACGAUGCUGCACCCAUGCCCUCCUCCCCAUCUGCCGCAUACCACCCGACAGCAACUCAACUCCAACCGCAACCACAACCGCAACUGACAACACCCCCUCCCCACCACUCGAAACCUACAAGAUCCUCUCCAUCGCAACAAACUGCGACAUCUGCACGCACCCCAUCCCCGACUCCACCCCGCGCUUCCACUGCCUCCAAUGCAACAACGGCGACUACGACAUCUGCACCAACUGCUACCUCCGUCUCGUGGCCAUCGGCAAAAUCCGCAAAGAAAACGGCCACAACGGCUGGCGCCGCUGCCUGAAAGGCCACCGCAUGGCGGUAAUCGGCUUCGAAGACCACGAAGAAGGCCAACGCCGCGUCAUCCUCCGCGACCUCGUAGGCGGCCGUGCCCUCAACGACGACCACCUCAUCCAGGCCCCAUCUCCAACAGCCUCCCCAAUCACCACCACCUCCCCUUCCAACUCCACCAUCGCCUCCCCUGAAGUUGGCUCCGGCGACUGGAGCUGGAAAGAGGGCUCCGAGCGCCGCAAAAAGGCCUCUCGGAUCAGACCCUGGACUAUCGGUGAUCGUGAUCGUGAUCGUGACCGCUCCUCCGAACCAAGCACACCCACCAUCACCACAUCUUCCCCCUUCACUAUAUCCAGCCCAGCUAUAUCCUCACAAAUCUCAUCCCCCACCACCACUACCAACAAUACGAUGAACAUGACCGGCACCCGCCGCUACCCACCCGACGGCGGCGUCGGCCUAGUCGUCCAUGCCCUAUGGUCAUGGUACCCCGAAGACGGAGUCAAAGACGAACUGAUGUUCCCGCGCGGAGCGGAAAUCACCGAAGCAGAGAAUAUCAAUGAUGAUUGGUACUGGGGGUGUUAUGCGGGAUUGACGGGGUUGUUUCCGGGGGCGCAUGUGUUUGUUGCGGGGGAGGUGGUUUGAUUGAUGAUGAAGGUGGUGGUGGCAGUUCCGGUUUAUAUUAUGCUGUUGAUUGAAUUUGUCGUUUGUUCUCUGUUCUUUUGCUGCGUGAUUUGUUUACGAGUUUACUGACUGACUGACUGACUGACUGAUGAUGAUGAUAUGUUUUCAUGACUUAUGUUUUGUAUGUAGUAUAUGAUGUUGUUGUUGUUACUUUCUUUAUGAUGA